AAGUUUCUCCCUACGGUGUAAUUUUUAGAAAGGUCAGGGGGGGCCUUGCCAGCAUCAUCCCUGCCGUCUGCCGAAACGGCGAAAAAAAAAACAAGAGUGCGAGCCCACCACCUCUCCUUCUCUCUCUGUCUCUCCUCCUGGCUCACUCUGUGCGCUCCUCGGCGCGUGCCCACGUCUCCCACGCCUCCCUCCCUGCAUUCCCCCCUUCAGAUCCGGUCUGCCCCGCCGCCGCCGAUGUCCGAAGAUCCCGUGGGAUCCCGCCGCUGGCGGUGCGACCUCGGCGGCGACGAGCGCUGGCUCUCGGGGGCCGCUGGCGACGACCAAUUCGACCGCCUCCCGGACGCGCUCCUCCUCGUCAUCUUCAACCGCAUCGGCGACGUCAAGGCGCUCGGCCGCUGCUCCCUCGUCUCCCGCCGCUUCCACGAGCUCGUGCCCCUCGUCGACUCCGUCCUCGUCCGCGUCGACUGCGUUAUCCCCGACGAGCCCCCCUCCUCCUCGUCCUCCUCGUCAACGCCGUCCUCUCCUACGGCGUCCGUGCGCGCCCGCGGGGUCUUCUCACAGAUUGCGCGCAUCGUGCUCGGCGGCAUCGUGAAGCCCAUCCAGGCGCUUGGUCAGAUCCUCUCACCCGCCAACUCCGCCUCCGGCUUUCCGGCAUCCGCCGCUUCGUCGCUAUCGUCGUCGUCGUCCUCCUCCUCGCCACUGCCUGCUGGGGACGUGUCGCACCACUCGCCAUCGGAGGUGCUCCGUUCCUUCAAGGAGCUCCGCCACCUUCGCAUCGAGCUCCCAGCGGGCGAGCUCGGCAUGGACGAUGGCGUGAUGCUCAAGUGGAAGGCUGACUUCGGGUCCACACUGGGCAGCUGCGUCAUCCUUGGAGCAUCCUCAGCCUCGCCGUCGCCCUCCCCCUCCUCAGCUGGCUCAGAUAGUCCGAGCGCCGCUCCCUCUGAUGACAGUGGCCACACCGAGCCUGAUGAAUGUGACGAUUCAGGAAGCAUCCCUGAGUCGUUCUACACAAAUGGGGGGUUUAAGCUGCGAGUGGUUUGGUCAAUCAGCUCAUUGAUUGCGGCCGCCGCGAGGCAUUACUUGCUGCAGCCGAUCAUUGCUGAUCACAUGACGCUCGAGACAUUGGACCUGACAGAUGCUGAUGGUCAGGGAGUGCUCACCAUGGACAAGUGCCAACUGCAGGAGCUGAGGGUGAGACCGGUGUCAACAUCUAGGGGCUCACACCGGACGCUCAUGCCAGAGCUUUGCAUGUGGCUGUGGUAUGCACCAUGUAUUGAGCUGCCUGGGGGGUUGUUGCUGAAUGGUGCAACGCUGGUGGCCAUCAAGCCAAGUGAGGAAGGAACAGGGGACACAGUUUGGAAUGAAACUGCUGAUGCAGCCUGGGUGUUGGAUGCAUUCGAGGAGCCAUAUAGAACAGCGGCGAAGAUGCUUCUCAAGCGAAGGACCUACAGCCUUGAGAUGAAUUCAUUCUAAUCUAUGGGAGAUGGCAUUUUGGAAGCUUCAGAUGUGAGAGGAUGUUAUAACUAAUGUUGUGGAUGCCUUUCAUGCACCUACUUCGGACGUGGCAAGUAUGCGCUAUUGUACGCUAUCAGCAAGAACAUGGAUGGAAUCAAAACAGAAAUUUUGUUAACUUAUGAUGCUGGAGUCGAAAGGCAAAACCAUGGCCGAGUUGAUUGUGUUCUCUGAGAUCAGAUGUGGCAUAGAUAGUUUUUUUUAUAUAUAUGUAUCCACAUCAAGGUACUAACUUUAUGUAAUUUCUACUUUUGGAUUGUGGCAUUGUGCCGCUUGUUUGCAGAAUAACAUGCAAUGCGCUCUGUACAUCAAUGUGUGUCAAGAUUGGACCCGUAGAUUUGGCAUUAGUGGAAGCUAUAAAAUUGUUACUAGCACUUCAAACAGAGUUUGGGAAUGUUGCUUCCUUUCCCCCGUGAAUCUGGAAAUGUUGUAGCCCUGUA